CUUUAUCAUCUCUCUACAUUACAUUAUUCGUUCUUAAAUAAGAUGAGAGGCAGAGCCAAAUCCCUAAUUCUCACCAGACGACGCGCCUGCCGACAAGCUGAAGACGAUGGGGCUCCAAGGUCAGAUCUCCGACGUAUCCUCCGACUCAAUCCCUCUAAUGCUGUUCGCUCUAAUCGCCGCCUCCCUCAACUACCUCCGAUCCUUCUUCCUCCGCCUGCGAUGCAAUCGUCCUCUCCCCGCCGUCGAUGGCGCCUCCUCUGGACUCGCCAAUCUCGUCCUCCUCUGCGACCAGCUCCACCUCAACCGCGUCUUCUCCUAUCGCCACCGAUCCUCCAUCCCCGCCGCGGAUGACAUCUGCGUCGUCUGUCUCUACCGUCUCAAGGACGGAGACCACGUCAGGAAGCUCGAUUGCCGCCAUGUCUUCCACAAGAGCUGCUUGGAAGGUUGGCUCCAUCAUCUCAAUUUCACAUGUCCGCUCUGCAGAUCUUCUCUGGUCGCCGACACUCGCCUCGGAGCUGAUUUGAUCGCCCUGUCCUCUCCUCACUCGUAGAUGGAUGCACCCACGGUGUUGAUUUUUCUCCUCUUUUUUUUUUUUGAAAGGGAGAAUGACUUCUCUCUCCCUUUUUUCAUUUUCACGUCCGUCCCGAUUCUGUUUUUGUUAGGGAUUUUGAUUUCCGCUGUUCCUUCUUUCAUGUAAAGUUUGGAUCAUAUGGUAUCAUUAGAUAGGUUGUCACAAUAUUAUAAUGUAACCGUGAAAGUUGAAUAUUACCUUAUAUUAUCCCCCUA